AUGGUUUCAAGAACGCUUACCGCCUCUCUCGGGCGUGCUCUUCGUAGCGCGGCGCGGCCACAGCGAUCGCUACGCUCGUUCGCGACGGCGGUCAACGUCCCCAGUCCCGCAACCGAGACCACCACGCUCUCUAAUGGCCUGACUGUCGCGACGGAGUCGAGCCCACAUGCGCAGACCGCAACCGUCGGUGUCUGGAUAGAUGCUGGCUCGCGGGCGGAGACGGACAGGACAAACGGCACCGCGCACUUCCUCGAGCACAUGGCUUUCAAGGGCACGAACCGCCGCAGCCAGCACGCACUCGAGCUGGAGGUGGAGAACUUUGGCGCGCACCUCAACGCGUACACCUCGCGCGAGCAGACGGUGUACUAUGCGAAGAGCUUCCGCAAGGACGUGCCCGCCGCGGUGGACAUCAUCAGCGACAUCCUCCAGAACUCGAAGCUCGAGAACUCGGCCAUCGAGCGGGAGCGCGAUGUCAUUCUACGGGAGCAGCAGGAGGUCGACAAGCAGAUGGAGGAGGUCGUCUUCGACCACCUACACUCCGUUGCCUUUGCAGGUCAACCCCUCGGACGGACAAUUCUCGGCCCUAAGGCCAACAUUCUGUCCAUCAGCCGGGACGACCUGGCGUCGUACAUCAAUACUAACUACACUGCCGACCGUAUGGUGCUCGUCGGCACCGGUGGUGUCGACCACCAGGAGCUAGUCAAGCUCGCCGAGAAGCAUUUCUCUUCCCUCCCCGUCUCCUCCAACCCCAUCCCGCUCGGCCGCCUUGCCCACCCGAAGACGAAGUUCGUUGGACAGGAAGUGCGCAUCCGUGAUGACGAGCAGCCCACCGCGCACGUCGCCAUUGCUGUUGAGGGUGUCAGCUGGAGCUCGCCCGACUACUUCCCUAUGCUCGUCAUGCAGUCCAUCAUGGGUAACUGGGACAGGUCACUCGGCGCAGCGGGUCUCAUGUCCUCGCGGUUGUCGCACAUCAUCUCGGGCAACAACCUCGCGAACAGCUUCAUGUCCUUCUCGACAUCUUACUCCGACACCGGUCUCUGGGGUAUCUACCUUGUGACCGAGAACGUCAUGAACAUGGACGACAUGGUGCACUUCACCCUCAAGGAGUGGACGCGUUUGUCCAUUGGCCCGACGGACGUUGAGGUUGAGCGCGCAAAGAGCCAGCUCAAGGCUAGCUUGCUCCUCAGCCUGGACGGCACGACCGCGGUUGCGGAGGAUAUUGGCAGGCAGCUUGUCACGAGCGGUCGUCGCAUGACGCCCAAGCAGCUCGAGCAGGCCGUCGACGCGGUCACGCCUGCGGAGAUUAAGCGGGUAGCGCAGAAGUACCUCUGGGACAAGGAUAUCGCCAUUACUGCUACCGGUCCGAUUGAGGGUCUCUUGGACUACAACCGUAUCCGUGCGGACAUGUCGUCGUUGCUGUACUAG